CAGUGCGGGUGGGGGGGUGAGGAGAGCGCGCUCAUCCCCUCAGAGCUGUGUGAGCAGAGUCCUGCUUCCCUGCGCUGCUCUUCAUCCUUCACUGCUUCCUCUUCACAAAAUGGCAGCGCAGAAGAUAGCCGAGGCACACGAACACAUCGCCAAAGCGGAGAAAUGCUUAAAGACCAGCAUGACCAAGUGGAAGCCGGACUAUGAUGGAGCCGCAUCUGAGAUGGCUAAAGCUGCUGUGGCUUUCAAAAAUGCAAAGCAGUUCGAGCAAGCAAAGGAUGCGUACCUGAAGGAGGCAGAGUACCACACGGAGAACAAAGCAUUGUUCCAUGCUGCAAAGGCAAUUGAGCAAGCAGGUAUGAUGCUGAAGGAUAUGAAGCGACUCUCGGAGGCUGUUGAACUGAUUGAGAAAGCCAGCGUGAUGUACGUGGAGAACGGAACAUCAGGAACUGCAGGCAUGGCUUUGGACAGAGCCGGCAAACUUAUAGAACCAGUGGAUCUGGAGAAAGCAGUGGACUUGUAUCAGAAAGCAGCAUCUGUUUUUGAGAAUGAGGACCGGCUCAGACAGGCUGCAGAGCUGCUGGGAAAAGCCUCCAGACUUCUGGUGCGACUGCGCAGGCUGGACGAGGCAGCUGUCUCUCUGCAGAAAGAGAAAAACAUGUACAAGGAGAUUGAGAAUUACCCCACUUGCUUUAAGAAAACCAUAGCACAAGUGCUGGUCCAUCUCCAUCGAGGCGACUUUGUAGCAGCGGAUAAGUGUGUGAAAGAGAGUUACAGUCUUCCUGGGUUCAGCGGCAGCGAGGACUGUGCUGCAAUGGAGACGUUACUGGCGGGUUACGACGAGCAAGACGAAGAUGAGGUGUUUCGUGUGUGUAACUCACCUCUUCUCAAGUACAUGGACAACGACUAUGCAAAGCUGGCCAUUUCUCUGAAAGUACCUGGAGGAGGGGGGAAGAAGAAGAAAUCUCCCAGCGCUCCACAGGAGGGCGCUCCAGGAGCGCCGGCUGCGGAGGAAGAGGACGAGUAUGAAGGAGGACUGUGUUAAGUUAAUCUGGGAAACGUCAGCACUUAUGCACCAAGUGCGCACAGUAUGUGCACAAUAGAGAGAAAGAGAGUGACGGAGAAGAGAAGAGAAGAGAGAGUAUAUAUUUCUCUAUAGAGAAUGUGUACGAGAGUAACAAAACAUAUAGGUGUAUAUAUACUUUGUGACUUUCCCAUUCCAUCCAAAUCCUGAUGAAUGACUUUGUUUUCUGUGCAGAGUGUCUAUACUCUUGAAGCUCACUGUAAUGAGAAAGGAAUACUUCAGCAUUGUUAGCCCAAUCUCUCAAUCUGUAACAUAUGUAUGAUUACCACAAGCAAGAAAUUUCCCUGUAAUAAGAAAAAAAAAAAAAACAGAAAACCUGUUUACUUGAAAUUCACUUAAAAUGUAAGCAUGUUAACAUGAAAUACUUAUUUUUCUACAACGCUCAAGUUUUUCAGUCUAAAGUUUGUCAGUUAAGCUCUAUUUUCUUACUUCCUCACAGAGAUAAGACUACUUUUGCAGAGAUAAAAAUUUGUGUUCAUGCUCUAAUGACUUCUAAGCACAGAAAGGCUGCAUUUACAGCUUUACAGAUACCACAAAACCUUUGAGAAAGCACAAGUAAACAGUAAGUUUUUAUUGUAUUUUAAAAUGUUGGAAAAUGACAUUUUAAAAAUGACAUACCAGCUUUGCUAAGACUGUUUCAUGCUACGUUCUUUAUUUUUAAGGUGUAACAGGUGUCGUUUUUGAAUUUCAGCUAUAUAGUUGAGAAUGUUUAUUCCGUUAUAAGUGAGUUUUCACUAAAUAGGGUUUCUAGGACAGGGAAAAGUAGAGAAAUUUUGGUCUGAGGAAAUAUACAGUAGGUAGAGAUCAGAAUAAAAAAUACUGGAGUAUUCCUUUCAAUCAAUAUAAAAAUAUAACAAAAGCUAUUUUUAUGUUAUUAGUUUAUUUACCAAAAUUUCUUUUAUCACGUACAUCUUAUAUUUACUAUGUUACUUACUAUGUGUUGUCAUGUGUACAGUAUCCUGUAUCAUUGUGAAUAUCAAAUUGUUGACGUGGUUUAUGCAGGCAUAUGUAAAUGACGUGGUGUACAGUAACUUAUUCAUUGUGUUCUUGAACUCGGCCAGUGCUAACUGAUGUCUUUUUUUGUCUUUGUCUUUUUGUCAAUUAUCCCUUUAAUGUAUAGCUAUCAGAAAAAAUAUGACUGCGCACAAAUGCUAGAAAUGCGUAAUAUUUAAUUAAGCAAGCUUCCCAGUGAGCUACCAUUAUUAAUGACAAAUACUUUAAACAUUUCUUUCCAAUUAUAUUUAGAAUGAACAUGUAAAUUUAAGCUUGAUUUCCCAUUAAUGACGGGUCUUUUCAGUGACUCUGAUUAUUUGGUUCAGCUCAACAAUAUCAGUCGACUCUCUUUGCUUAAAUUGUUCUAUGAAAUCUUACUCUACCGUCUAAUUAACAAAAUAACAUUAGUCAGCAAUACACUUUGCAAUAUCUAUCUAAUCUAAUCAGUAAGGCACUACAAAUAUGCAUUAACGACUACAGUAAGUGUUUGUGCAUUCAUGUUUUUUUGUACCUGCUGUACCUGUCUGUGCUGCAUUAAGAAGAUUAUUCUGAUAAAUUGAUAUGAUAUAUAUGCAAGUUGGCUCUCAUGGUUCACCUAAAAGAGCCGAGUCAAAGAGCUGACUCGUCUGUCAGUGACACGUUGUGAUUUCCUACACUGUCAGAGUGCGAAGAGUACCAAAUGUGUGUUAACAUCUGUGCGCUGAAAUGAAUUUAGGAAACCUGGGUUAAAAUUAAAGUUAGGAUCAGUUCUCUUGUCUGUAUAGCUGCAUUCAUUAGGCAAAAGGAGGUCUUUGAUAAAAUGCACAGUUUUAGAAAUAGCUAUCAGGAUGUCAUUUUUGCGUUUUAAAAUCCUGACACAAUGUUUUCUGUUUACAGCAAGACCAAUGACAGUCGUGACGUGAUGUUUAACACUGUUCAGCUGUUUAACACUGAAACCUGGCGGACUUUUAGGAGUAAAGCCGUGCUUUGAAAUUCCUACAAUGCAUAUCCAAUAGUUAUUAUCCUUUCAGAUCACCAAAAACAUGAGGCUGUAGAAUCAUAUAAAACAAUCCUGAUGUGAAGGGGGUUCUUCUGUGUCUAAUACAUUCCUCUGAUGAUGCUGAUGAUAAUGAUGAUGACGAUUAGUGUAUGCACAGCAAUAAACACCUUUGUUGGUGCACAGUA